AUGGGCUUCUUGCAAUUGAUUCCCAUUGCAACAGAUGGCGAAACAUUUGCAACAGAUGGCGGAACACUUGAAACAGAUGGCGGAACACUGGAUCGAAGGGUCGCUGCCUCACUGGCCGCUGUACCGGUAAUUGUACCAGUAUUUGUAAUGACGACGCUGGGCAAACGCUUCCUGGACGACUUUUUCCGACUAUUUGAUGCUGUAGAGAACACGGGAGUGGAUGUUAAGGACGUAGAAGAUCGGCGUAUUGAAGUACUUGAUGUAGAGACGGAGACGGGGGCAGAAACAUUGGUGCGUGAUGUACGUACGCCUAAUGAAGCGCCCACAGAGAUGACGCCCAUGACAACCAGCGGUUCGUAA